AGGUGGGCAGCGCCGGGGGACGGGCGCAACAUGCGGCGCCCGUGGAGCGCCGCGCGAUGAUCGACGCCGCGCGCGAGUGACGCAGUGGCGGCCAUGGUGGUGCGAGGCGGCGGCGGCGCAGCGCCGGCCGACGCCGAGAAGCAGCCGGAGCGGCCGGCCUACAACCGCGAGUUCCUGCUGCGGCCGAGCUGGAUCGACGCCAGGGUGGCGCUCCAGCAGAUCGGCAAGGGGAAGGCCAGUGGGAGCCGGGCGGCGCUGUGGCUGCGCUCCCGGACUCAGUUCUACCUGUUCCACACUGGCCGACUGGUGCAGAGUCACGCCGGGAAAAUUCUGUUCGCCGGCAUCCUGUUGCUCGCCACACUCUGCAUCGGACUGAAGAACAUCCAACUGCGCACCGACAUGGAGGACCUAUGGGUGGAAGAAAAUCAAGGAACACACGGAACAACACAACCGGACGCGCGCCUUCAGCAUCCACUCGUUCUCUAUGGCGUCGCUGAACCGCGUGCUGCGUCGCUUCGCCGACCUGGACCUGACGCGGGUCGGCGUCGGGUACGGCCUCAUGCUGGUGUACGGCUUCUUCUCGCUGGUGCGCUGGUCGGACCCAGUGCGCUCGCAGGGCGGCCUGGGCGCCGCCGGCGUCCUCCUGGUCACCCUGUCGGUGACGGCGGGACUCGGCCUCUGCGGUCUCGCCGGCAUACCCCUCAACGCCUCCACCACCCAGAUCAUCCCGUUCCUGGCGCUGGGUCUGGGCGUGGACGACAUGUUCCUCAUGGCGCACACCUACGCCGAGUCGGACUUCAGCUGUACGCCCGUGCAGGACCGCGUGGGGGAGCUGAUGCGGCGGGCCGGCGUCAGCGUGCUGCUCACGUCACUGUGCAACGUCAUGGCGUUCCUGUCGGCCGCCAUCCUGCCCAUACCGGCACUGCGCUCCUUCUCGCUGCAGGCGUGCAUUCUGAUGGUGUUCAACGUGCUCUCGAUCCUGGUGAUCUUCCCUGCGAUGAUGAGUGUGGACCUGCGGCGGCGGCGGGCGCGCAUGUUCGACAUCGUCUGCUGCUGGUCGGAGCCGGGCCCGGAGGAGGGGCCGCCAGGCGAGCCGCUCGACACGUUCUCCGCGCCGCCCUCGCCGCCGCCGCCGCCCACCAAGAGGGAUAUCGUGACGAAGACGAGCCGCUCUGGCGGCGUGGUGACGCUCGUGAGCGCCGGCGCGGCCGGCGAGCAGCCAGCCGCCGGCCUGACGCGCUCGGCCGAGUCGCUGAACUCUGUGGCGUCGACGAGGACACUGGUGCGGCCGGCCGGGCGGCGGCCGGCAACCGGCGCCGUCUUCUGCCCCGAGCGUCGCCGCCACUGCCGCCGCCUCGGCCUGCAGUGGCUGGUGGAGCGCUACUACCUGGGCUGGGUGGUGCGGCGGCCGUUCAAGCUGGCCGUGCUGCUGACGUCGCUGGCGGUGGCCGCCGCCGGCGUGUGGGGCGCGUGCGAGGUGCGCGACGGCCUGGACCUGACGGACGUGGUGCCGCGCGGCUCGGACGAGUAUGCCUUUCUGGACGUGCAGCGCCAGUACUUCGGCGUCUUCCACAUGUACGCCGUCACUCAGGGAAACUUCGAAUACCCGACCAACCAGCGGCUCCUGCAUGAGUACCACCAGGCCUUCACCAGGGUGCCGCGCGUCAUCAAGAACGACGACGGUGGCCUGCCCGACUUCUGGCUGGGCAUGUUCCGGGACUGGCUGAUCGACCUGCAGCGGGCGUUCGACCGCGACUGGGCGCUCGGCCUGAUCGACCGCGAGCGCUGGUCCCGCAACGCGUCCGACGAGGCCGUGCUCGCCUUCAAGCUGCUCGUGCAGACCGGCCGCGUGGACUACCCGAUCGACAAGUCGCUGCUGCCGCACGUACGCCUGGUCAAGGACGGCAUCAUUAACCCCAAGGCGUUCUACAACUACCUGACGGCCUGGACGACCAACGACGCGAUGGCGUACUCGUUGGCCCAGGCGCAGCUGCGGCCGAAGCCCAAGCGGUGGCUGCACGUGGCGGGCGACGUCGAGCUCAAGAUCCCCAAGUCGCAGCCGCUGGUGUACGCGCAGAUGCCGUUCUUCCUCAACGGCAUGGCCACGACGGACAACAUCGUGGAGACGAUCGAGCAGGUGCGCCGUAUCUGUCGGCGGUUCGAGGAGCGCGGCCUGCCGAACUUCCCCAGCGGCGACCCGUUCACGUACUGGGAGCAGUACGUGAGCCUGCGCUUCUUCCUGGCGCUGGCGCUGCUCUGCGUGUUCGUGGCCAUCUUCCUGGUCAUCUCGGUGGUGCUGAUGAACGUGUGGGCGGCCGGCGUGGUGGUGUUCGUCAUCGGGUUGACGGUGCUGCAGCUGCUGGGCGUCAUGGGCUUCCUGGGCCUGCGGCUGAGCGCCGUGCCCGCCGUCAUCCUCAUCAUGUCCGCCGGACUCGGCGUCCAGUUCACCGUCCACGUACUGCUGGGGUACCUGACCAGUCUGGGCAGCCGGGCACUGCGGGUCCAGCGCGGCCUGGAGCAGAUGUUCAGGCCCGUCUUCCACGGCGCCUUCUCCACAUUCCUCGGCGUGCUGAUGCUGGCCUUCUCCGAGUUCGAUUUCAUCAUCAGGUACUUUUUCUGCGUGCUGGCGUCGCUGGUGCUGCUAGGCCUGGUGAACGGGCUGGUGCUGCUGCCAGUGCUGCUGUGCUGGCUGGGGCCGCCGGCCGAGGUGCGGCCGGCCCCGUCGCCGCCGCGCGUGCGGGGGCCGCGCGUCUACCGCUCCUCGUCGCUGACGCGGCCGCCGGCCGCCAGCAAGCUCAAGCACGCGCCGAGCCAGCUGAGCCUGAGCACGAUCACGGAGGAGUCUAGCGGCUCGCAGGCGUCGUCGGGCCGGACCGAGGCGCGCACCCACGACAUCGUGGUCGAGCCUCAGGUGGUGGUGGAGACGACGUACCCGCCGGAGGUGGCACCGUAG